GAUUGCGGGGAUGGUGCCGCGGAAGCCUGGCGAACCGAGGCGGAGGCGGCAGCUGACUCCGUGAGAGGACUGGAGAGCCCGGUGAGAGGAGACCAGGGCCCCGUCGGGGAGGGUCGCCCCUCUCAGCAUAAAUAUGGCAGAGUUCUUAGAGCUAGAAGAGGGAAUAAACUGGAAAGAAAGAUGCAUAGCUCUAGAAUCUCAACUGAUGAAGUUUCGCCUCCAAGCAAGCAAAAUUAGAGAGUUGCUUGCUGAAAAGAUGCAGCAACUUGAAAAACAAGUUAUUGAUGCAGAUCGUCAGGCGGAAAAGGCUUUUCAGCAGGUGCAGAUUAUGGAGGAGAAACUAAAAGCUGCUAAUGUCCAAACCAGUGAGUCAGAGACAAGGCUAUAUAAGAGAUGUCAAGAUCUAGAGACUCAGAUGCUAGAGAAAGAUGACAUUAUACAGAAUUUGGAGCAACAACUUAUGGAACAGAAGCAAAUACGAAUACAAGAGGCAAAAAUUAUAGAGGAAAAAGCAGCUAAAAUAAAGGAAUGGGUGACUAUCAAGCUUCAUGAGCUGGAAGUGGAGAAUCAGAACCUUCGCAUGAUCAAUCAAAAUCAGAUUGAAGAGAUUAGGAUAUUGCAGAACAAAUUGCAAGAGCUGCAGGGGAAGAAAUCUGUUCCUUCUGGACAAAAACCUGGAGAAGGACAAAGAUUGAGCAGUUUGACUUUUGGAUGCUUCUUAAACAGAGCAAGAAGUCCUCAACAAGUUCUCAAACCUGAAAAUACAAGCAGUAGUGCAUCAAAGCAAGCUGAACUUAGUGAAGGCAACAGCAGUCUAGAAAAAGAAAUCCAGGAAACUUCCACUGCCAGCCAAAUGUUUGGGAAUAAUAGAGCUCUGAAGCCACUACAGCAAAACUCUUCCAUGGCAGAACAAAGAAAAGCAAUAAAAUCAAAAGAUCUGGAUAACAGUAUAUCAAAGAAUUCUUGCAUUACAGUAAGUGACUGGAGCUCUGAUGAGGAUGAAGGAAACAAAGGAAGAUCAAAAUCCAGAUGUAUAUCUACCAUUUCAAGUCAGACAUCUGAAGAAGGCAUGGGCUACAGCAGAAUUGGGAGUGAAAUGUAUUUGACAGCAUCAGAUGACAGCAGUUCUUUACUGGAAGAAGAGAACUUCCAAACUCAGGGAAACGUACACAAGAAACUAUAUUCCUGGCAACAAGGAUCUGCAUGGAAAAGCCAGAAUCAUUUAGUUGGAAGGAGCUUAGAAUCUUUCAGUGAAAAGAAAGAUCUUGAUAGUUUUUCAGAUGAACUAAAUAAGAGGUUUCAGUUGCACAGGCUAGAUUAUUCAUCUUCCUCAAGUGAGACAAAUACUCCAAGUCCUAUUCUAACUCCAGCUCUAGCUCCUAAGCAUCCAGCACUGAUGUCAGCAGCAGGUUCUCAGUCUGGCAGGCAGUGUGAUUCUCCAUCAAAUUUGCCACCUCCAAAGCUAAGAACUCCUAGUGUCUUUACACUAAGUGCAGCACUGGCAAAAAAACAUUUUAGCCAACCUCCUCUAUGUUCAGACAAAAUGUUUGGCAGAAACAGAAAUGCUAUAAGCAUGAUACGUCCUUUCAAGCCUCAGGAAACAGACAUUGAUCAGGUGGAUGGAGAAAAUACAGAUAUUUUAGAGAAGAUGGAAAUUAACUGUAAUGAUGAAUUGUUUACCUAUGACUCCUGUGAGACUCAAUGUGAGGAAGCCCUUGACUCUGGAGAUGCAAAGAAAAUUGCAAACAACAAGCCUCCUACCCCUCCGUUGCACCGAUUCCCCUCUUGGGAAAACAGAAUUUAUGCUGUUGCCAAGUCAGGGCUACACUUCUCUGAGGCCUUCAACAUGGAUGCCUUCAAUAAAAGUUCUGCUUCAACUUCGUAUUCACCAUCAGGACUCUAUACAUCAUUAAUAUAUAAAAAUGUGACUACACCUGUCUAUACCACUCUUAAAGGGAAAGCAACACAAAUCAGCAACAACCCAUUCUUAGAUGACUCCUCUGGGUCUGAAGAAGAUGACAGUUCUCAGUCUAGUUCACGGACAUCUGAAUCAGACUCCCGGAGCAGAAGUGGCCCAGGUAGCCCACGAGCUAUGAAACGCGGUGUCUCUCUGUCUUCCAUGACCUCAGAAGGUGACUAUGCCAUUCCUCCUGAUGCCUAUUCAACUGAUACAGAUUACUCAGAACCAGAACAAAAAUUGCCUAAAACUUGUUCAUCAUCAAGUGAUAAUGGGAAAAAUGAGCCACUGGAAAAAUCUGGAUAUUUGUUAAAAAUGGGAGGCAAAGUAAAGACUUGGAAACGGAGGUGGUUUGUACUCAAAGGUGGUGAAUUACUUUACUACAAAUCACCGAGUGAUGUAAUACGAAAACCCCAAGGCCAAAUUGAAUUAAGUGCAUCCAGUCGCAUUGUAAGAGGUGAUGGGAAACAAACAGUUCAGUUAACUACUGAAAAACGAACUUAUUACUUGACUGCUGAUUCCCCAAAUAUUUUAGAAGAAUGGAUCAAAGUACUGCAGAAUGUCCUUAAAGUUCAGGCUGCAAGUUCACUUUUCAUUCAACCAGAUGUCAAACCAGCCAUGAAAGGCUUGCUUACAAAGGUGAAACAUGGAUAUUCCAAGAGAGUAUGGUGUAUGCUGGUUGGGAAAACUUUGUAUUAUUUUCGCAGCCAAGAAGAUAAGUUUCCUUUGGGCCAAAUCAAGCUUUGGGAGGCUAAAGUUGAAGAAGUUGAUCGGUCCUGUGAUUCAGAUGAAGAUUAUGAGGCCAGUGGUCGUAGCCUGUUAUCAACACAUUAUACCAUUGUUAUCCAUCCUAAAGAACAAGGUCCUACCUAUCUUCUUAUAGGAUCCAAACAUGAAAAGGACACUUGGCUCUAUCAUCUGACAGUUGCUGCUGGAAGCCCAAAUAUAAGUGUUGGGACAGAGUUUGAACAGCUUGUCUGCAAAUUAUUAAAUAUUGAAGGGGAACCCACUUCUCAAAUUUGGAGACAUCCUACUCUCUGCCACAGCAAAGGUGGGAUUACAUCUCCUCUUACAACCCUCCCAUCUGAGGCUUUACAAACAGAAGCUAUAAAAUUAUUUAAGACUUGCCAGUUGUUUAUAAAUGCUGCAGUGGACUCUCCUGCCAUUGACUAUCAUGUUUCUUUGGCCCAAAGUGCUUUGCAAGUCUGUCUCACACAUCCAGAACUUCAGAAUGAAAUCUGUUGCCAGUUAGUUAAGCAGACAAGAAGACGGCAGCCACCUAAUCAGAUAGGACCUGUUCAGGCCUGGCAGCUUUUAGCACUUUGUAUUGGUCUCUUCCUUCCUCAGCACCCAUUCCUUUGGUUCAUCAAACUUCAUUUGAAAAAGAAUGCAGAUUCCAGAACCGAAUUUGGGAAAUAUGCCAUUUACUGUCAGCGUUGUGUAGAAAGAACACAACAGAAUGGUGACAGAGAAGCCAGACCAUCGAGAAUGGAAAUUCUUUCCACACUUCUAAGAAAUCCCUAUCAUCAUUCCUUACCCUUUAGUAUUCCAGUGCAUUUCAUGAAUGGCAUAUACCAGGUUGUUGGGUUUGAUGCUUCCACCACAGUGGAAGAAUUUCUGAACACACUCAAUCAAGACACAGGAAUGAGGAAACCAGCGCAGUCAGGUUUUGCUUUGUUUACGGAUGAUCCUUCUGGCAAAGAUAUAGAACACUGUCUUCAAGGAAACAUCAAGAUCUGUGACAUUAUUUCUAGAUGGGAACAGGCCUCCAAAGAACAGCAUCCUGGGAAAUGUGAAGGCACAAGAACAGUAAGACUUACUUACAAAAACAGACUCUAUUUUUCAGUGCAAAUCCGUGGAGAGACUGAAAGAGAAAAGCUGCUGUUAAUGUAUCAGACAAAUGAUCAGAUUGUAAAUGGGCUUUUCCCUGUAAACAAAGAUCUAGCACUAGAAUUGGCAGCACUUAUGGCACAGGUGGAGAUUGGGGACUUUGAAAGGCCUUUCUCAACUCCUGCAGGGCAAGUCACUUCCCAAUCAAAAUCUAAUCAGACUUUAAAGCAAGUUGUGGAGAAGUUUUAUCCAAAAAGAUAUAGGGAUGGCUCUUCAGAAGAACAAUUAAGACAGCUUUGCCAGCGACUAUCAACAAAGUGGAUGGCUCUCCGAGGUCACAGUGCUACAGAUUGUGUGCGCAUUUACCUUGCUGUUGUCCGAAAAUGGCCUUUCUUUGGUGCCAAAUUGUUUGCAGCAAAAGCUAUGACAAUAUCCACACUGGAGAAUACUUUGAUAUGGCUGGCCGUUUAUGAAGAUGGCAUAAACAUUCUUGAAUACAGCUCUAUGAGAUUAAUAGUGACCUAUUUAUACAAGAAUCUGAUGACCUUUGGAGGUUAUCAAGAAGACUUCAUGCUAGUGGUUAACAAAGUGCACACACAAGAAAAGUCAACUGAAAAACUCUUGUUUACUAUGGCCAGACCAAAGAUUCUUGAAAUUACUCUAUUGAUUGCAAGCUACAUUAAUAAUUUCCAUCAACAAAAGGGAGCUGUUCACCACCUUUCUGCUCCAGCAUCACUGUCUCCACAAGCAGGAAGGCAAAAACCCAAGGAUAUAGGGUGUCAUCCAUUUUUGCUGAAGAACAGACCAACCAAAGGACCUACUUUAUUAUGAGAUCAUAUACCUAUGAAAAUGGAUGCAAGCAGCAUGUUUUUGUACAUUGAGUUGGCUACACUGGAAAGAAAAACACUAUGAUUUACGGUACAAUAAAUUUUAGUAGUGACUUCCAAGAGCCAGUAUGAUAUUUUUCUGAAUAAUUCCCAGGUACUAGGUAAACUGUACUUAUGGUCAGUGAAUGUAGUAUAUAUACAUUUGUUUGGAUAGAAUAAAAAUCACUGUGAACCUGAAUAACAAGUAGUUAAUAGUUAGAGAAAUAGCAGUCCACCCUGGGAAUAAGCUACAUAGUAUAUGUUGCUCAUUGAACGACCUAUGGUGUGCCUGACAAAUUACAGGUUUAUUGUGAGUUGUACUUUCCCCCUUGGUCCUUGACAGCUGAAUCCUCCUUGUCCCCUCUCUGUGUUGUGAUUGCCUGUCUUUCCCCUGUCCUUUUUCUUUUUCGAUUGGUUACCUAUCAAAGAAUAAACGUGGAGCUUUGUCAAGGGAUUUUAAAAUGAAUACCCUUUCUCUUGACAAAUGUCAAAAGAAGUGUGCAAGAAAGGGAUAGCCUCAUGAGCUUCACUUUCCUAAGUGAAAGUGAUGGUUGCUCCAAAUUACUGCUUGGCUGAUUGCUGAGCAGUUAUCACUGGCAGUGGCUCAAGUAAGAGCUACAAGGGAUUUGAUGCACUGGCUGAAUCUCUCACCCGUGGCUUCCAACAACAAAUGAGAUCAGUUGUUCAGGUUCAAAUGAUGCACCAACUCAUUGUGAGUCCAACAACCCCUAGAAUAAGCCAUGGUCAUUAAUUAAAAAGCCACCCUGCCGGAAGGAGUCCAGGUUCAAACAACAUGGCAAGCCACCAUUUCUACUUACCCAUAUUGAUGUGUUGUGUAAUACAAGCCCAGUCAGCUAUUUAGAUACAAUCACUUCCCUCUCAAAUAUGCCCUCUUGUUGCUUCCUGUGUGAUCCUUUUUAGUGUUCCCUGCCUUGUUCUGGAAUUAGAACGUGUAAAAAAAAUCAAAUUACAUUGUUUCUAUUUUACAAGAAUCUGAUGGUAUAUCAGGUUAUAACUGUUUGUGGGGCAAUAUCAUUGUAAUCACAGCAUUCUAGAAAGACCUCCCCUGUACCAUUAAAUGUUUGCUAUGUAUUACUUCAUGUAUUAGUAUUUGCUCUUGAGAUAACUGGAUAGUAGAGGUCCUAGAAUUAUCAUUGUCCUCCCCUGCCAACUACUUCUGCCCUUCUCUGAGGUCACUUUCUUGAUCUUGGAGAGUAGCCAAUGCAGGUCUUUCUAUACAAGUUGACAGGGGCAGGAUUGUAGAGCUCCCAUCCUCAGGUAUAUAGUCAGAGCAUGAUCUGUCACCUUGGAUCUGAAUUUAGACAAUUACUAGGAGCCAUAGAAUUGCUUCCUAAAGGAUGGAUCUGCACUUGAAGAAGUCAUUAGUCACUUAAAAAAGCUGAAUUCACAGGCCUGGAUUUGUUUGUUUGCUUGCUUGCUUUUUUCAUUCUGAAAAAUUAAAGUAUGUGAUGAAACACAGCAUAUUUUAUUUUUAAAUAGCUACAUUCAAGAUAAAUCUGGUAGUAUAUUUAAGGUACAUUGUGAUACGAUUUUGUAUCUGUCAUCAUAUUUGCUGCUUGUCUUAAUGCAGAUUAAUGGUGGUACCCUUCUACAGCUUUUAGAGUCCAGAAUUACUCAGAUUUCGUUUAUGGUACAAUUGUAACAUUAUAUUGCAUCAUAUAUGACCUCAGUCAUUCUCAAAUGACUCCACAAAUGAGAUCUACAUACAUAAGCAGGCUUCUGCCUGUGUAUCACUGGCUGGAUUAGGAACCCCCAAACAUAAAUUGGAUGCACAUUCAAAGGCACUUCUAAAAGUGUAUCUGCCUACGUAUACCUAAUGCACUGCUUUCUGGGAUGCUCAUCAUUAUCUACUUCCUGGUGCAAGCUAGUCUUGCAUAAAUAUUUUUACAUACAACUAAGACGACUGGGUGAUUUGCAUCAAUGAUGGUUACAGGAGAGCUCUUCAUGUAGAUUUAUAUGGAUCUGUUUAAUCCCAAAAUGAUGAAUCAAUGAAAACUAAAUGCAGUUUGUUUAAUAAACUUAAUAAAACACAACUUUAUUAAAAUUGUAUUUCAAGCAAAAAUAAUUAUAGAAUAUUAAUUUAUAUGUAGAAUAUUUGUAUUUAUUUUGUGGAUAUUUAGCAUUCUUUUGUAUAAGGUAUUUUUAUAUGAUUGUAAACCAUUCUAACAAAUAAAGGCAUUAGCAAAAUA